UCCUCGCAAAUUUGAAACUUUUUUUUCCUCCUUUUUUUUCUCCCUCACUCCUUUCCCGGAGUCAAGUUUCAAACUCGGCCGAGAAGGGGUUCGGUCUGUCCCAGCGCCGGCCGUCGCAUGGUUACCCAGAGCGUAAUUCACCCGCUGGAGCCCAGCGUCCUUUAAAGCCGCCCGGAGGAAGCGGAAAGUUUCUGUUUGGGGGAAAAAGUCUGCGAGGAGUUGGCUGGUCGCUGCGGCCAUUCGCGGUUUAAGGAAACCAGAGACGAUGGAUGUCUUCAACACAAAGAGCCUGGCCAUGCAGGCACAGAAGAAACUCCUAGGUAAGAUGGCCAACAAAAGCAUGGCCAACAUCUUCAUCGAUGACACGAGCAGUGAUGUCUUGGACGAACUUUAUCAGGUGACCAAGGAAUACACUAAAAACAAGAAAGAAGCCCAGAAGGUCAUCAAAAACCUGAUCAAGGUGGUGAUUAAACUCGGGGUUCUCUACAGGAACAACCAGUUCAAUGCAGAGGAGCUGGUGCUGGUAGACAAGUUCCGCAAGAAAGUCCACCAGUUAGCCAUGACGGCUGUCAGUUUCCACCAGAUUGACUUCACGUUCGACAGGCGAGUUCUGGCAAGCAUCUUGAAUGAGUGCAGGGAGUUGCUGCACCAAGCCAUCAACCGGCACCUGACAUCCAAGUCCCACGGACGCGUCAACCACAUCUUCAACCACUUUGCAGACUGUGAAUUUCUAGCAACGUUGUAUGGUCCCACAGAGCCUUACCGCACACACGUGCAGAAGCUUUGUGAAGGGGUUAACAAAAUGUUGGAAGAUGGAAACAUUUGAUUGCAGCAUUUGCAAGAGUGACUGAGUGGGCUUACUGUGAGAUGGAGGACUUUUGGGGGCAGGGAGGGUGGGGGGGGUGGGAGUGGGGAUAAACAAAAUUGUUUGGAUGAGAUGCCUUUCCAACCUCUGGUAGAUUAAUCUGCCAGGAUUUAAUGCUAAAGUAGUUUACUGUGGGUGGUCAUUUAAUAUCAAGGAGUUGAACCGUGAACUGUGUCCACCCAAGCCUGGUGACAGUAAUACUCGCUCAAGGUAUGCAGGAAACACAAAGAUUGAAGGGUCCAGGCUGAACCCAAAGCCUUUGCCUAGAUAAUUAAUGGAGCUACUUUCCACAUACACUGGACAAGCCUUGCCAUCUGACUGAACCAUUUGGGAUUCUGCUAAGUUGUAUCGAGUCCUUAUUCUAAUUUUAAAACCUGGCUGACCUUUGCCAUUGAGGUAUCUUGAAAUAGGGAGUUAAUCUGGGAUAGGGUAGGAAGCCUAAUCAUUUUACUGGAUAGGAAACCUGGAAUCCCAGGCAAAAUUUGUGAAGACCAGACCAGGCUCGACUGUGCUCCCCCUAUAGCCAAAUAGCACAUGUCCACUCAAUCCCACUGCACGCUGGAGUGAGAUGCAGGACACCGAGAUGCCUUCAGCAAGAGAUGAUGCCUUUGAAAGAGAAAGGUUGGAAGCCUUGGUAGGGGAGUCGGUUUCAGCAGGAGGAAAAGUGAACACACAGCAAGUCCAUUAAUAAAUUCCAUCCACCACAAACCACUGGAAUUAUUCUGCAAUUGCAAAGCCUUGGCCUUGAGGUUAGAAAAACACUGAUUCGGAACCUUUAGUAUGGAGCCACCAAACAAGCUGAUUUUCAAAUGGACUUGCUGUUCCUGGCCUAGACUUGUCAACUUUAUAUUUUAUCAGCAAUGUCAGAGGAUUAUAUACCAUGUAUAUUUGAUGAAGUGCAAUGCUAUCUAUGGGUCAGUGGGAUUUCCUUAGGCUUUGAGACUGCCAAGUUUCUGGUUCUGUUUGUGUGAUUGGCGUCUGCUUUCUGCACUGUGAGCCGUUCUAAAUCCAAAACGUGUUGUGUGUGUCAUUGUGAAGUGUGUUUUAUUGGUUUUCAAACUAAAGAAUUGGCAUCUGUCUUAAUGUGAAGUGGUUUCUGAGGUUCUUAAUCCUUUAUUUCUCUCACAUCUGUGCUUUAAUUGCUUGUAUUGUAAAGUGACAUUGGGAAAAAUUAGAAAAUUCCAUCAACCCUUCCUCCCCAAUUUAGCUGCUGGCACCGUGGAUAACUAGGUCGAGAUAUUUAACUGAGCCACACCCUAGCAGGCUUUCUUCAGUUAGCUGCUCUUUUGAACUGCAGCAGGCUUGUUCUUGCUGACUCUCAGGAGGAAUAAAUAUCAAGCAGAGCUUGUACUGUUAAUCACAGCCAGUGGGCCAGAUGGAGAGGGCGUUAAGACAGGGUCGACCUAAUCUGUGAUCCCCACGUGACUGAAUAACCACCCAGCACUACCUUUUGGGUUUUUUCUCCCCCACGCUGAAAACGGCCAAAUGGUAAUGCAGAGGUCACAGUCAGUCUGUCCAAGCCCAGAGGAUAUGCUGAUCUCUUGGCAGUGGAUGAGAUACCAAAUCCUUCAAGCAAGGGAGCAGAGCCAGCCCCAGAGGUAUGGUCCACUGACAUUGCUGUGUGUUAAUGGAACAUGCACUAUGGCAUGUCAUUGGUCAUUACAGGGGGAGUGAUUGUCCACUCAGCUGCUCUGGCUGCAUGUGGAUCUAAUCGAGGGUGUUCUGCUGAGGGGAGCAUUGACUCAAAAGAAGUUCCCCCUUUGAAUUGGAAAAUUUUAACUCUUUAUCUGCCCUGAUUGCAUUGGUGUGAAGAACCCAUUGCUGAAUCUGGAAUGUAUCACGCUGGAGUGAUGAGUUGUGGAUCUGUACCGGAAGUUCCAUCCCAUUUGAGUUGCUGAUUUCAGUUGCUGUGGAUAGCUAGUUCUCCAGGGCAAGGGGAGAACAGCAAUCCAUGCCAAACACUUCUGCCACGUUGGUGCCUCUUGCCAUCUGCAUGAGAGCUGGGAUAACCACUGCCAUUCUUCUGAGGAACAAAAGGGAAACCUGCAAUCCCCUGGCUCACUCCACACAAGGCCAGCCUAUGAAUAAAACACCAAUGGAAGGGAGGCAGGCUGCUGUAUCUCCUGCACCGUGUUGAGAGUAGGGGUAUGUCUGGAAGCACAAUCCCACUGGAAACUAGGCGACAUGGGGCUGAUUUCAAUCAUUUACGUUACAAAGGUUUUGUCCAUUGAAUUGAUAACUAAUGUAUAUUUUAAUUCUGUACAGUUUCUUCCAAAUAUCAGGGAAGCAUUUUCUUGAUAUGAAAGAUAAGCUUGUUUUAUCCUAUGUGUUCAAGAAAGAGACUGACUUUGAGACAUCUUUAUAAUACUACGUCUGUGGUUUUAAGAAAAAAUAAAACCUGAAUAACACAAACAGAACUUUGUCUGGUGGUGUGGCAGGGUUUUGAAAGGGGUGAUGGAGGUUGGAAUGAAAAUGCCAGCAUUGUAUUCACGGAAACUGUGAGAAAACGCCCAGAGCUGCAAACAAGGCUUUCCAUUCAAACUUUAUCAGCUGGAGAAAGCAUCAUAAUCUUUGGCUUCCAGUCUGAUACUUGGCUGAAUUGCCAUCUCUGAGUGGAUAUAUUCUUGAUGGCUUCAUCACAUGAUCUUCCACAAUAGACCCAAUCAAACUGCCAUCAUAAAUAUUCUGAAACAUGGACUAAAACUGAUAAACACUGUUUUCAAUACCUGGUGUUUUAUUCUCCUCCCCUCCUCCCUCAGUGGAAAAGUUCCUGGACAAUCUGAUAUGAACCUGGAUGGUUGUCAACCCAACUGCUGGCAGAAACAAUGUGCAGUGAUUGUUAUUCCAGAUGUGGAUUGCAUGUUGUACUAAAGUGCAAUGGAUUGAACUGUACUUGACCUGCUCUCUCCUUAUCACUAAAUAAGGACAGUGAGGAUGUCAAAAAGCAAAAAUAAAUUGCAGUUAUUGGAAAGCUGGAGGUGGGGUGGGGGAGGAAAUGCUGGAGAUAUUUAGCAGGUCUGGUAGCAUAUGGGGAGAGAAAAACAACAUUAACAUUUCAGAGCAAUUGCCUUUCAUCAGAAUUGGAAAAGUUAGAAAACGAGUUUGUUUUAAAUUGCCAAGGGGAGGAGUGGUGGAGAAAAAAAGG